AAAGUAACAAAACGAAUGGCGAGGAAAAAGUAUAAUUAUGAUAUCGACAGAAAGAAACUAUGGAAAAAGCGAAAAAAACUUCCUGCAAUUCAUUGCAAAGAAAUCAAGGAAAGUUGGGAUAACAGGAAAUCAGUUUACAAGAACAUGGCAGACAUGGGGUUGUGUUCGGACCCCAACAAGACAUUCAGAAUUAAGACAACUAAGGAACUUUUAACGCCAGAGGUAGAAAAUGUUGAAGAAAUAGAGAAACUAAAUAAGAAGCCAGUGAAAGAGAAAGUUGUUAAAGCCUUAGAAAAGGAGGCAAGUUUACCAGCCAAGAAAACCAACAAGCUUUCAGAACCUGAUGUCCAGUAUUGCAUUUACUUGCUUGACAAAUAUGGCGAGGACUAUAAGGCUAUGGCCAGAGACCCGAGGAAUCAUUACCAGGAGACGCCAAAGCAGAUCAAGAAGAAGCUGAACAUGUUCAAGAACACGCCCUCCCAGUACGAGGAAUACCUCAAGUCCAAAGUGGAGCUCACGCGCGGAGCAUGCGAGCAGCUUCAGCUGAGUCCAGUCGCGAGCUACGAGCUAACUUGCGGUUCCGGCCUCUCGCAGUCCCGGGAGCGCCGGGUCACCCGGAAAUACGAGGCUGCGCGGCGGAACGGGCACUUCAGUCGCUCACCGGAUGUGCUUGCUGAGGAAAUGACAUCGGUCGAACCGCCAGUAACACUGUGUCGUGUUCGACGAAAGUUGAAUUUCGGCCGCAAGCCGCCACGGCAACGGGACGUUACUCCGAAUGCAACAUGAAGCAGCGCCUGAUAUCUGCGAUCGGACAAUCAUGCAUAACGUCAGUGCUAUGGCAUUUGGUGCUCGGUGGGCGUCUAGCAAAUAUUUAAUAUAGAUAGAAAACGCCCCUUGUGUUCCAUUAUCACUUGUUACCGCAUCAGUUAUGUUAGAAUCACGGUUAUUGUUACUCGUUUAUUUACAUUUUUAGUUUAAGAAAACGUGGAUAAUCAUUUGCUGCGGGCCCAUAAGAUUGAUAUACAAAAUUUAUUGUAGUGUUUUAUUUGUAUUAUUAUUAAAGUACAUGUUUCCGUUUUCCACAGGUAAAUUUACAAGCGAUGUUACGGUGUUUUUAUUUUUUAUUGAAACCACUUACGCAUGUUCAUUGAAAUGUGGCGUUGACAUGUAGUGAAUGUGUUUGUUAACGUAAAUAUUUGUAUGAUUAUGUAAAUAGUGAUUUAUAGAUCUGACGAAAUAUGUAUAUGGGCCGUGUUCUGUGAAAAGGGGGUUAAAUUAAUGUGCGUUAAGUGUCGUUCCAGAUUAGCCUUUGCAGUCCGCACAGGCUAAUCAGGGACGGCCCAUUCCGCUUUUAUGGUAUUUUACAUUUACAGAAAGUCCCUUCUUUGCAAAAAUGCAAUUAAGGCGGAAAGUGUCGUCCCUUAUUUGCGGACUGCACAGGCUCAUCUGGGACGACACUCUACGCACAUGCAUUAAACCCCCUUUUGACAGAACGAGGCUUAUAUAGCUGAUUGUAUAGCGUGUUUGUGAUAUGGUUAUUGAUUAGAUAUGAUUAUCAGGCGAUAAUCGUAUUAGUGAUUGAAAUGGCGUUAUAUGCAUGAAUUGUAAGAAACAUCGCGUUGACCAAUCGGAAUCACCGUAUAUAAACGUUCACGUUUAUUGGACAUUUCAUCGUCGAUUUGUAAAAUUAAAUAAACUUUCAGUUUGCGAAUGCCCACAAAAAUCUCGACUAUGAUAAUUUUGAGGUCUUAGUACCCUAAGAGAUCAAGAUUUAUUGUCCCCCUUUUUGUGCAAGAAUCGCAGAGAUGCUUUUUGUGCAACAUGUGGAAGUUUCAUUUUUCAUUGAAUCUUAUUCAAACCACCAACGCUAAUUUUUUAGGUAGCGUAUGCGAAGAUAAAAUGUUAACUCAAUUAUAAGCCAGAUUGUCAUUGAAUAAUUAAGUAUUUACAUUUUAACGGGCAUUGUUCAGGGCACUUAACAUAUUUUGCAUCCAAUCCUUACCAAUCCCUCACGGUUUUAUGACUAUACAUUUACAAAUGACUCCAAGUGCAUAACAAAAUUCAACCGGAAACAUCAUAAUGGAAUUGAUCAGUUAGCGGAAAACUAUGCUACAAUUACAUGUUACAAAAUAUUGAAUUGAUCGUAUUCAUUAGAACAGUUUUCUGAUGAUUUUUCGACAUUCAGUGUUGAAAACUUAACAAAUCGUGAAAAUAUGAAUUUAUUUGACCACUCACGAAAUCAUAAUAUAAUCACUUAAAUUAACAAAUACUAGUCUUCUUUUAUUUUCAUGCUUUUGAAUGUCAAAUUUUUAGAAUGCGCGUAUCUGUAAUUAUAUUAAAAAAUAGGUAAGUUCGUGUAUUUAGAAUUUUUAAAGAAUUCAUUUCAUUCCAAAUAUGGCGUUGACCGCUGUAAUUGGAAAAUAGUGCUUAAGUGUUAUGUACUGAAUGGGCUGUAUUAUUCAUUGGACUUCUCCGUCUGUAUGCACGUCCGUACUUAUUUACGCCGCGAAGCUUGUGUUUUAACUGCUCUUUAAUGUAGAUCUCGCUCAAACAUUCACAGUUGAAUGACCGUAGUGUGUAGGUGAUCGUAAGGAAAGGAAUUUAGACUUCGACACGUUUUGCCUGAAUUAUGGCCCUUUGUCUUUUGUCUGCAAUAGAAAGUAUGGUGGGUGUGUCUGUGUGUGUGUAAACACCUGUUGUGUGCACAUAUCUGUGACCCAUUAAUAGUUGUUUCUUUAUCUCUAAACUAUGUUCUUGUAUUGAUUUUCUUUCAUGUGUUUUAUGUUAUUCAAUUCAAUGUAUCAAAUUAUACAAAGAUGCUAAUGUAUUUUAGCUAUUGAAAAAGUUAAAUCUUACUAUUUUACGUUAUUUAGUUAUUAAUCAUAUUGAGGUUAUUUUAGCUUGUUUUAAAUAAAAGUAGGUUUAAACUUAUCCCCUAAAAAUUGGCGCCAGGCAAGAUUGAAAUUAUCGGAACUUAUCAUUUCGCUCGAGCUAGAAUUAAAUGAUCAUUACAUCAUUCACUGGUAUGUUACUUGUAUAUUUUUCUCUCAUUCUAUGCCUAGUAUCAAGUAAACAAAAUUCAACAUGGAACAUCAAAAUGAAUCGAUGGUUUAGCGAAAAACUAUGCUACAUAACUAUGCCCUAGUCAUAUUCUCAAGCAUAGUUUUGUGCUGACUCUGAGUGGUAAAAACUCAUCUGCAAUCUGCAUUUUCGAGUUUUAGCUUUAAACUAGCGACCUCUCUGAUGACCAAGUUCAACUAAUUUUAUAACCCCUACAAUUGCCCAUGUUUAGGACCAACCACUCUUUCCUGUUCUGAAAAGGCGUAAUUUAGAUACCCUCACGUGUAUCAAUGCUCUGAAUGUAUAAAGUUCUGACAGUAUGCGUGUGAGCGAAUUAGGUCAUCAUGGCCCUCUUGUUAGAAAACCUAAAAGGACAGAGCUUGCUAUACACUGCUAGCUGGUUUAUAUAAGAAAAAAUGUAUGCUUACUGUAAGAACCAUUCAUGUAUUCCACAAUCUUUUAUGGAUAUCUUGGUUUGAUAAUUAAUGUAUUUACACAUUUUUACACAGAACGUGGCGUUUCAUCUGGAUCCAAACUGUUUGCAAAGGCCUUCAAAAUUCGGUUCCAGCACUGAAAUAGUUAAAGUUUAUAUAGUUUGUAUUAAUUUCAUUAAUUGGAAUGACAGUCAUUUAAAGAAGUGCACUAUUUUUUAAUGUAUAACAGACCUGUUUAGAUUUCCCUAUUGCUAUAAACAUGUUUUUAAAAAUAUUUUUAUAUAUAAAAACUUGAUAUAACAUGAAUGAUUGUUCUGUUUGAAGCCAUACAGUGUCCUACACAAGGUCGAGUUAAAGUUUAUAUAGUUUGUAUUAAUUUCAUUAAUUGGAAUGACAGUCAUUUAAAGAAGUGCACUAUUUUUUUAUGUAUAACAGACCUGUUUAGAUUUCCCUAUUGCUAUAAACAUGGUUUUUUAAAUAGUUUUAUAUAUAAAAACUCGAUAUAACAUGAAUGAUUGUUCUGUUUGAAGCCCUACAGUGUCCUACACAAGGUCUUAUUAACAGAUUUCCCACUUUUGAAAAUGUCAUGAAAUAUAUUUGCUAACAAAUAUAUGUUUUGGAUAAGUCAGAAAUAAUUAUGGAAGGAAGAAAAAGAGUUUAAUAAACAAUUAUGCUUUUCCCGGGAUUGGACCUCAGGAUCUCUAGAGUAAAAAUCCUACUUGUUGCCACUGCAUAAUUCAGGCUUUUUAAUUGUUACGUCCAUACUUAACAAAUGAUGGACGAAAAGUGUUGCAAAGACUUAACUUAUUUUAAUGAUUUUGUUUAAGAAUUGUCUAUUAAGAAACUGAUUUUUUCAGCAGAUGUUAUAUUGAGUGUAUGAAAAUAAUGCAUUUAUUCUUUUAUCAGAUGACAAGUUUUAUUGAAAAUUGUCAUUUGUUUUAAAUGUGAACUAUAUCAUUAAAGUUAUAACCAUUUUGUGUGAAAGAAGGGAUGCAACUCAACAUUGAAUACAUAUUUCUCAGUUUUUGGCCAGAUCUUGAAACAUAGGUAUUGGGUAAACUUUACAUUUAAAAUGAAUGAAUGGCAAUCUUUACAAUAUAAUAUUAUUUUUUAUAUUAGGAUUGUGUGCAACAUUUAGCUUGCCAUUUGCUUCAAUAAAGUGUUUUUAUAUGAUAACAUGGGAUAUUUUUUUAUUUGCAUUUUUUUAUAAAACAUUUUAUUGUCCAAACUUGUCUGCAGUUUACAAUUUCCCAAGUUUUACACAAAAAGGUGUAUUGUAUUAGACAUUUGAUGACUUUCACUUCUUGUUACAUGUUUUGAAGUUCUUUUGAGUUAGUUUUUUUGAUACUGCUUUGUGCUGAAAAGACAGUUCUUAUUAUCUUGUAAAUUGUGAAGAUGUACACCAUUGUUUCCUAUUCCUUUUCAUAUGUUUAACUUUGAUAUGAAUGUAUAUUUUAGUGAUUUGUUAACAAAUAAAUGACCGUAAAAUCUA